AUGGAAAGUCUUCAUUUUCUGACUAAAAGCUGUCAUCUAAAGUGGCUGUUGUUGAAAGGGUCAAGUGUGUUCUUUUUGUAUAGAGCCAAGUUAGAAGCAAGGGAAAGAGCAGAAAAGAAGCUAUUGCUGAAAGAGGAGGAAGAGAGGAAAGUCCAACAUCGCUUGUGGCUGGAAAGGGAAGCUAUUGCCCAGGAGAGGUUUCGAAAGAAGAAGGAAGAUGAAGAAAGAAAAUUAAGGGAAAAGCUAGAACAAGAGGAACGAAUUAAGAAAGAAUGGGAAGAGGAACAGAGGAGAGAGAAAGAAAGAGAAGAAAGAAAACAAAGGGCAAUCAAAGAGAAAGAGGACGCCUUGUUCAGGGAGUUAAACAAACCCACAGCUUCAGAGAAUAAUGGAGCAUGGCAUAACCCGCUUGCACCACCUUCAGAUGACAAGAAAUCGUACGGCACAGAACAGGACACAGUGAAUUGCUCGUUUUACCUGAAGACAGGAGCCUGUAGAUUUGGCGAUAGGUGUUCAAGACAGCAUCCUCGACCCAGCUCGAGUGUGACGCUGAUGAUUCCAGCCAUGUAUAAUGACAUCCGGCUGUCGCAGUCUAUGCUUGAUGAAGCUGAUCAAGAUACCAGUCUCGAGUACGAUGAGAAGGAGGCGUACGAAAAUUUCAAGCAGUUUUAUGAAGACACCUUGCCGGAGUUCAGGAAAGCUGGCACUGUUGUCCAGUUCAAGGUUUGCUGCAACCAUGAACCACAUUUGAGAGGCAAUGUGUACGUGCAGUUUACCAGUGAAGAGGAAUGUGCCAAAGCCUUUGCAUUAUUUAAUGCUCGAUGGUAUGCUUCGAAGCAGCUCUCCUGUGAAUUUUCUCCCGUAACCAAAUGGAAGUCAGCAAUAUGUGGUCUCUUUGAGCGAAACCGCUGUCCACGAGGCAAGAACUGCAACUUCCUGCACGUGUACCGAAAUCCAGGGAAUGAGUUCAGCCACAGAGACGACCGUUCACCAAACCGCACGCCAUUCGACGGCGGCCGGACUUCCGAGAGAUCCGAGAGAGGCUGGAGACGAGAUCAGUGGAGCCGACGAAGGGAUCCGGACCGAGAUCAAUCGCGGGACAGAGACUGGGAACAAGACAGCUAUAGAAAGCGACGCUUGAGGGACUGGGGCAGAGACAGAGAUGAUUAUCGAAGAAGGCAUCGUAGACGAAGUGAGGAGAGAGAACGUGGCGGGACUUCGGAAAGACACGAGAACAGAGAACAAAGGAAUAGGAGAAGAAGUUAUAGUAGCGACGAGGGGAGCGAAAGAGAAACAGAACACAAGCAUUUGUCUGAAAGACUAUCGCCAGACGCUAGCAAAGACAACGGCGCAGUGAUUGACAGCGAAGAGGGCGAGCGUCUCCUGACGUCAUCCGAGAAGCCACUAAAUCGGAAGCGAAAGCACCAUUCCUCGGACAAACCCAAACAUCGACGGAAACCCAAAAAGAAACACAAACACCGCAGCGAACGCAAGAAGAAGAAGAAGCGACGCAACACCAGUGAAAGUGACACUAGCAGUUCAGAGAGUGACAGCCAGGAACACUGAUGAUCUAGUGUAGAUAAUUAAACCAGAGAAAACUUCAA